AUGGGAGAGGAGAGCCUGGGCAGGGGAGGUGACAGUGAUCGAUGGAUCGAUGCCCACCCAAAGGAGGAGGUUAUCGAUUGGAUCAGGACACCCCGGAGAGCGUUUUGCUUCAACAAGUCCAAAGUACACUUCUCCUCCAAGUCUGAGAGGAACCGGAAAAGGAAGAAGGGCCAGGAGAAUAAGCCUACUCACCACGUGCGGCUGGUGGCACGACUUGACACAGCAGUGCUUGGCCCUGCGCUCGUGGGCUGGCAGACAGUGCCUGGGAUGAGUCCACUGCAGGUCCGGUCAGCACUGGUCACUGGCCCUCUGUCUUCCCCUUUUCCAGACAUCUUCGUGCUGAUUGCCUCUGUGCCCGUGGUCGCCGUGGGCAACCAGGGCAAUGUCCUGGCCACCUCCCUGCGGAGCCUGCGCUUCCUGCAGAUUCUGCGCAUGCUCCGGAUGGACCGCAGGGGCGGUACCUGGAAGCUCUUGGGCUCCGCCAUCUGCGCCCACAGCAAAGAGCUCAUCACCGCCUGGUACAUUGGGUUCCUGACUCUCAUCCUUUCUUCGUUUCUUGUCUACCUGGUUGAGAAAGACGUGCCGGAGGUAGACGCCCAAGGAGAAGAGAUCAAAGAGGAGUUUGAGACCUAUGCAGAUGCCCUCUGGUGGGGCCUGAUCACACUGGCCACCAUUGGCUACGGAGACAAGACUCCCAAAACAUGGGAAGGCCGUCUCAUCGCAGCCACCUUUUCCUUAAUCGGCGUCUCCUUUUUUGCCCUUCCAGCGGGCAUCCUGGGGUCCGGGCUGGCACUCAAGGUGCAAGAGCAACAUCGUCAGAAGCACUUUGAGAAAAGGAGGAAGCCGGCUGCUGAGCUCAUUCAGGCUGCCUGGAGGUAUUAUGCUACCAACCCCAGCAGGAUUGACCUUGUGGCAACUUGGAGGUUCUAUGAAUCAGUUGUCUCUUUUCCAUUCUUCAGGAAAGAACAGCUGGAGGCAGCAUCCAGCCAAAAGCUGGGUCUCUUGGAUCGGGUUCGCCUUUCUAAUCCUCGCGGUAGCAAUACUAAAGGAAAGCUAUUUACCCCUCUGAAUGUAGAUGCCAUAGAAGAAAGUCCUUCUAAAGAACCAAAGCCUGUUGUCUUAAACAAUAAAGAGCGCUUUCGCACCGCCUUCCGCAUGAAAGCCUACGCUUUCUGGCAGAGUUCUGAAGAUGCCGGGACAGGCGACCCCAUGGCGGAAGACAGGGGCUAUGGGAAUGACUUCCUCAUUGAAGACAUGAUCCCCACCCUGAAGGCCGCCAUCCGAGCCGUCAGAAUUCUGCAAUUCCGUCUCUAUAAAAAAAAAUUCAAGGAGACUUUGAGGCCUUAUGACGUGAAGGAUGUGAUUGAGCAGUAUUCCGCAGGACAUCUCGACAUGCUUUCCAGGAUAAAGUACCUUCAGACGAGAAUAGAUAUGAUUUUCACCCCUGGACCACCGUCUACUCCAAAACAUAAGAAGUCUCAGAAAGGGGCAGCGUUCACCUACCCGUCCCAGCAAUCUCCCAGGAAUGAACCGUAUGUCGCCAGAGCAUCCACAUCAGAAACUGAAGACCAAAGCAUGAUGGGGAAGUUUGUGAAAGUCGAAAGACAGGUCCAUGACAUGGGGAAGAAACUGGAUUUCCUCGUGGACAUGCACACACAGCACAUGGAGCGGAUGCGGGUGCACGUCACGGACUACUUCCCAGCCAAGGGGACCCCCUCCCCGGCCGAGGUGGAUGAGAAAGAGAACCUGCAAACCCUUGUUUGCAACUACUCUGAGACAGGCGGCCCUGAGCCCCCCUACAGCUUCCACCAGGUGCCCAUUGACAAAGUCGGCCCCUAUGGGUUCUUUGCCCACGACCCAGCGAACCCGCCCCGAGGGGGACCCAGUUCCGGAAAGGUUCAAGUGACCCUUUCGUCCUCGACAGCACCGUAUAUGGAAAGGCCCACCAUCCUGCCUAUCUUGACUCUUCUCGACUCCCGAGUGAGCUACCAGUCCCAGGUGGAACUGCACGGGCCCUGCUCGGACUGGGCCUCCCCUCGGCAGAGACCAAGCGUCACGAGGGACAGCGACACACCGCUGUCCCUGAUGUCCGUUAACCACGAGGAGCUGGAACGGUCUCCGAGCGGCUUCAGCAUCUCCCAAGACCGGGACGAUGUGUUUGGCCCAAAUGGGGGCUCGAGCUGGAUGAGGGAGAAACGGUACCUCGCUGAGGGUGAGACAGACACGGACACAGACCCCUUCACCCCCAGUGGCUCCAUGCCUCUGUCCUCCACAGGGGACGGGAUUUCUGAUUCGAUAUGGACCCCUUCCAACAAGCCCAUUUAAAAGGGGUCAUGGGCUGACCCUCCUUGUAAUGUAGACAGACUUUGUAUAGCUCACUUGCCCUCACGCCCGACACUUAACCAGUGAGAUCACCAAUGGCUGCAUUGAACGCAUGCAUGUGCGUGGUGGCCCCACACCCAGGCAGGGGCUUGUCAUGGCCUUUUCCUCCCCAUGUCACCACAACGAAGCCGCUUCCUUUUCAGCAUGGUUUGCAUGACUUUCCACUAUAUAAAUGGUACUGCUAAUCUUCUCUAGGGUACGCAUUUACCUGCUGUUCUUACUUUUAAUCAUGAUUGGACCAGUACAGGGAGAAAUUAUCGAUGAAUUGUGCUCUUUGUCUGUUCAGUCGGUCGGUUUGGGUUUUGGUUUGGUUAAGCAGGGAAAGUAAUUUAUUUCUCAGAUCACCGCCCCUUUGUGUAAAACCACUCCACUGAUUGAUUAACUAUUUUCUAAGGCAAGUGAAUAAUUUUCUCUCCAAAAAUGCAUUGUGUAACUGUGAGGUGGCCGUCUGAGCUAAAAUGUCAGGAAAGGAGUGAGAGCGUCAUCACAUCUCCAAAACCAAAAAUUUUAAAAAUUACUAAUUAGAAAAAACUGGCAAAACCUUCUAAAAGCUCUUAAAGAGACCCCCCCCCUGCCCCCUUAGUCUGCCAUUGUCUGGUAUCAUGCCUUGGUUUCCUUAUCUGUAAAAAAUGGUUGUAGUCCCAAGUGUAGCAUUUCAGAUGAGUUAUGAAUUGGCUGGAAGAAAACACACACACACACUCUCUCACUCACACAUAAGUUAAAGUAGUUCCCAAUUUAUGUAGCCAAAGAUGGUGACAUUGACCAGAAGUAGGGUGCCCCUCUGGGCAGCAGCUAAGUUCAGUGCCUUCAAAAUAAGGUUCCAACUCAUAGUCCUCCCCAUGGUACUUGUACACAAUAUCCGUCUCACAUAGAAGUUAGAGUCAGGAGGCACAGAAACUACCUGGUCUACAGCCUUCUUUGUAAAACGGGGACACCUUUGGCUCAAGUAAAGAGCUGUGUCCAGCUGGGGUCAUUCCAUUGACCCCUGGCAAGCUGAGACUCAAAGCCCAGUCAGCUGACUCCCUUCAUUCCCCGGGCCCCUCUGACCACACCACUCUGCCCUUUGCACAAUGGGACCCAGAGAGCGCCAAGAUACCAGUACUCUGUGUCGUGUGGACAGUACUUAGCACCCAGUUUAUCCAGCAGGAGGGGGAUGUCUGCUUUCAUUGCAAUACAAGCUUACUGAUGCAUUUAGGACCCAGAAAAAAAAAAUAACACAAGUAAGCGACAACAUUUAUUCAUAGGCAAAUGGGCAAAAUUUCCAGAACCAUCCAUUUUUACUCCUCUAGAUUUUUUAAACCACAUGUCACCAAUAAGGCUAGAUGAAGUGUAAGCAUGCAGUCUGGAGAACGCUGCCCAACUGUAUAAGUAUUACUAUGAAGCCCAAGUUUAAUAAGCUGUGGCCUCUGAGGAGAUGCCGCUACUCUCUGAAACAUGUUGAUAUUAAAAGGUUCUGUUAGAUUUGAGCUGAAUUAGCUAAAUGACUAUGCCACAGUAUUAUUGUCUCACCCUUUUUACACAUCUGUUAGGCGCUGGUUGUGCAUAGUCGCCAUGGUGACCAUCAAGCUGAUCGAAAUGACCUAAAUGAAUAUCUACUUGCAAGUGUCACAUGCGUUCUCCCUCACAGUCUUGUCAAGAGCCGUCAUACCUGUGGCAGACAUCUGGUUAAUGGUUUCAUCAUUACCUAAUGCAGUGGUCUUGCACUAACUAUAUUGGAGAGAGGAACUGCUUCCUCAAAGUUUGGGUCCUUUCAACCUGUGUGUCAAGAGGUACCGUGCAAAAGGCUUAGAGUACAGUAAUAAUGAGGAGUUGGUACCUGACUUUAGGAAUUUACAACCAAAGUCUGGAGUCCCUGGCCAAGGGCAGGCACUGUGAGAGGCAGAAAGGAAGUUUUAGAUGGAGAGUGCCACGUAGGGAUGAGUGUUGACCUUGAAGUCUGAGGAGGGAAGUACACAAGAAUGAUCACACACAUCAGACAUAAAAGCCCCUCCCCUAUGGUUUGCCUCUUGAACCUUCCAGCAAUGAAGGGCAAAGGGCAUGGCUCAUUUGUCCUCCCCUCAACUCCAGAAAGUGCCAAUGGAGUUGGUGACCUAAGAACCUCUGUGCCCCUUCGUUAGGGCUUGGUUCUUAAUUCUGACCUUCCUGGAAUCUUUCACCAGAAAUGAUUAAGCCACCCACCAUCUAACAUCUUACUAUGUUAUAGUAUAUCUAUAUGGGUUAUUUGAAACAAAACCAAAAAAAGGAAAAUGAAUCAAACUCUCCACAUAUGCAUCAAUUAUUUAACUUGUUAAAAUUCUUGCAGAACCUACUGGCCUCCGUGUCUUCAUAGAGGCAUUUGCCUGGAACUCAGUGGAGUUCUCAGCUGGAACAGUGAGACUUUCUCAUCCUCAGGUUAAAAUUAGUCACCAUGGAUCCAAAGUUAGAGGGCUGACUGCAUUAGGUUCUUUUAAUAACCUACAAAGGAUGAGAGCUUGUGUUAUUUCCCAGAUCAUAGGAGGACAGGCUCACUUCCCUGCUGGAUCAUAAGGCCACGGUGGCCGGGACUGUGUUUGUAUUCCUUGCCAGCAUGUCUCCAACACGGAGCAAGUGGUCAUUAUCAGUGCCAAGACAAAAUACGUUUUUCAUGAAUGAAUCAAUGAUAAAACUUAAAAUCCAUUGUUUCCCAUCUAAGAGAAGAGAAAAAUGGUCUUCUGGAAUAUUUUGCUUUGCUAUCUCCCUUAAAAAAAAAAAACAUUCCCAAAAAGAAAAAAAUAAUGCAUUCCAGAAAAGGAAACCAAACCUGUUCAAGUUGUCUCAACAUCGUCAACAUGGCUGGCACUGAUGAGGCAGAAAUUCAAGGUCUAGGAUUAAAGAUAAGUUAUGGGGAGAAACAGUGUGUGCUUCCACAAAGAUCUUUUUGUCAGACAGAAGGACAGCAUGAUGGAAUAAUCCUACAGAGUUGGUUAAUAAUGUGGCCCAAGAUUAUACUAUUUCAGAGAUACCAGGAAGCUCACCCAGGAAAUUGCAGUUUUGACAGAAUCCUGUAAAAUCAAUUCCAUAAAAACUAGGCAUGCUUUUCCCAAGGGAAAUGAUGCUCCCAUUAUAUGUAUUCAGUAUCUGUGUAUCACAAUAUGAUAUAAGAAAAUUUUAAGAGGUCAUGUUUCAGCAGGAUCAAAAUGAAUGAGAUAAAUAUACUUUCCAAACGUUAGGAGGUAAAAGGUUAUCCUUACUUGGGCUGAGAAGAAAGUACCUGAGAUCAAGUGUGAGUCCUGACUAUCAAAUACCAGCACACAAGCAAACACAAAAAGUUUAAGAAAAAAAAAUGUAAGAGAAAAAGAAAAAAAAAACCCACAUCAAAUUGAGACAGUUCUAAUUCACUAACUGUACUUUUUCUGGGAACUGAGAGCUUAGAAUGAUUAGACAUGACAUUGAUGUUAUGAAGCUCUAGUUUUCAUAAAAACAUAUCUAGAAAACUUCAAGGUAUACAAUAGUUGAAAAUUAGCUAAUUAACCAACAAUUAUGCAUUAUGACUUGCCUGUUGUAUGUAAGACUCCUCCUGGACAAUGUAAGUUGAAGAAAUAAUUACUUGUAGAAAAUCCUAAUAGAACAGGAUCUACUCAUAAUUUGCCAAGACCAUUCUCACAAGUCAAUUCUACUCUAAUGACAGUGUAAUAAAAAAAUUUGUUUAUUCAUUUACUAGUUUAUUAAGCUGUCUGUUAGGUACUGUACCAUGCACUAAAAUUUCAGUUAAGAAAACCACAGCUCCUGCCAUCAAAAAUCUGGUGGCCUCAAAUAUCAGAGGUCCCUUCAAACUAUGUCUAUCAAGGAAUGGCAAGUGUCUGAUUUCACCUCUGAAGACAGCUAUACAGACAGCAAUGCUUCUUAGCUUGGCAUCAUUGAGAGACUGAACAUGCAGUAAAGGGAGAGUAAAAAAUUCUGCAUCAAAACUGAUAACCCCAUCAGCCCAGGGAAGACUGAGUGGGUUGAAUGGGGACUCUGAGUUUGGGUUCAAUGCUUUGGAUUUUAUAGCUCCAGAUAAGCUGUUCGAGAAGGAGGUCCUGGAGUUUCUGGGGAAGGCUCUUGGGGAAAAAAAAUAGAUUUCUCCUCUUCUCUAAACCCCUGCUAGGCUUGGGUUCAGGCAAGGAGCUGAGCUACUUCCCUUUCAUCACGUGACUAAGAGAGGCUUAUGGCACAGGCCAAGACAGCAUCUAUUUCAAGAGAAGGGUGUGACUCUGCCUGUGGGAUCUGCUGAUCGAAUUAUUCUGGGGCAAGAGAAGUCCAUCCAGGGCUCAAAGAAGGCGACUGGACAGAGCUGCAGCAUAGCUGGUCUUUGUUUUCCAUGCAUGUGCCUCCAAGGCACCUAGGACCACAAGGACUUCCCUUGCUUUCUGAACCCCAGGCACCUUAGGAGUUUACCCCAGGUCUUUACUUGUCCCUGAAGACAUGUUUAUUUCAGGAUGAACUUUUCAAACGACUGUAAGACCGUUUUGUUUUGUUUUGUUUUGUUUCCAAAUCAACCCAUAGCUCUUGUGUGAUUGGCAUUACACUAUUCAAAACCGAGUCAGGAGUACCCUAAACAAGGCAGCAGGUAUCGGCUCACUGAUGCUCAGGUUAGAACACGUGAGGAAGCAGGCUACCUGCAUAGCUUCAGUGGUUUUGGAAACCAGUGAUGAAAAUGUCAAAGAAUUAAGAAGGAUAUAAAGGUGACCUGGAUAAACUGGAGUUUCAGGACAUUCAAAAGUGCUUGAUUUUCUGGCCUGUUUUUAUUUUUAAAUGAGACAAUCAAUAUAUAUAUAUAUAUAUAAAGUUCCUAGUACAGUGAUGGCCAUAUACUGGGGACUGUUACACAUACUCCUUUUUUACAGUAUGUGUGGACUCCAUUGUCUCAAUCUUUGGUAUUACUUAUGAACUCUAAAUUUACACUAGAAAAAUCUUUUUGCAGAAAAAGAGUGGUGGAGACACAAUCCCAAUUAGUACAUAACAAAAUCGGGCACUUUUACAAUUGUUUUUGAAAUAAACACAUCUGUACAAAUUAAAAUGCUUACUUUUUUAUUGAAACGAGGAAAAGCAGGAAUGUUGGAGUGAAGAGAGCAAGACCGUUGGAUCCCAGGGGGCUGGGCUGUGACAGUUUCAUUGGACAUACAAUACCAGAUAUUGCACCAUUCUCUCAGAGGAUGCUUUGUAAAGCCAAGUAGCAGGAAUAAUUUGGUACAAAGGAGCUAGUGGUUUCAAGGAGGAAAAUCCACCAGGCCAUGCUGUCUGUCAGACAACAUCCUAACAACGAAUGGAGGACUUCCAGAAGAAAGGUUCAAGCCUGCUCCAGCCUUCCCUAGGGAAUUUAGUCCCAGCCUUUACAGCGUCAACUUCAGCAUCCAUGGAGACUUGCCUUUUGCUUUAUUAGUGUAGAUGCAGGGAGAUAUAAACUCACAGACUCUUAGAUGCUCAGAGCAAGAAGAGACCUAAUCAUCCAGAGCAAUCCCCUCUCUUUUUAGAUCAGGAAGCCGAGGCUCAAGAGAAGAGAAGCGUACUCAAUGAUUGAGAGGGUGAUUAGGUAGCAGAGUGAGUUGAGAACCCAAGUCUCCUAGCUCCUGGUCCAGGUGUUGGGGAUCAAAAACUAAAAGUAAAAUACCCAGUGAGAAUCAAGUAUUGUGAUUGAGCCCAGGAGAUGAAGGAGAACUUCCUGGCCACUCGAGAACUGUUGAACCGGACACAUUGGUUGGGACUUCUCUGGAAUGUGAGUGAUGACCCCGGGCUUGGAAAGAUAAUAACAUCCCUUCUUCCCCUCCCCCCUUCCCCUCCUCUGAUCUCCCCUACUUUGUCUCCUCUUUGUCCUGCCAAGCGUGGACUGGUUCAGCUCUUUAGCCCAUUUCUUGGACUCACUGAGGCCCAGAAUCAUGCUUUGCAUGUACCCUCAUCUAUAAGCCAAUUUAGCAGAACUUUUCUUUGAAAAAAGUUUAUGGGUUUGAUUUUAGGAAGUAGGAUGUGAUUUCUCUUGAGAUCUGUAUGACCCCAAGUUUCCAGUUCUACUAAAGGUGUCCCUUUGUGCUGUCAUCUCUGGGUCUCACCUGAGCACAGCCUGGUUCCUCCUGCUUUGUCCCAUUUUGGAGAAUGCCCAUUUUGGCCAGGUCACAACCAGGUCACUAGGUUCUUCACCAAAAGCUACGAAGAAGCAAACAGGAUUCAGCCUAAGACAUUUUACUUACAUUGCUCUUGGAGUAGGUUAGCCCGAACCUGGCAGGCUCCACAAUAGCCCUUGUUAAACCCAGUAGCAGAAAGUUCAGUUCUCCUGAAUCUGACUGAACCAGAAGUUCCUAAGACUUAAUAAAGGUGGUCAAGUUCUCGGAUGGCAAUAGUUGACCCACUGACUUUUAAAGACUGUCAUUCCACCUAAGUCUUCUUAGCCCCCACGUAGCACUGUUCUUAAAGUAACUUUCAGUGGGAAGUAAGUCAAAAUAGGCUCUAUAUAAGAAUAACCUGAAUGUCGGUCAAAAGCCUAGCCCAGUGCUUAAGAAUAUAUUUGUCAUUCCUCUUAGACUUGUCAAGUGAACUGCAAUUUGAUGCCUAAGAGUAAUGAAAACUGACAGAGUGUUUUCUUUCAAUGUUCCAUUCUCCUCCUCUGCCCACAAGAUGGAAGCCAGGAGGAGAAACUGACUCUGAGCUCUCUUUAUGAGUUGCAUGUGACAUGAUAGUUCUGUCUCUUGACUUGAUGCAGUCCUCGUCGCAACCGCACGAGGGAAGUGUAUUGUCUGCAUCUUAUAGAUGAGGAGGAACAAGCAGAGAGGGAAAAUGCCUUGCCAAAGGCCACUCAUUAUCAGAAGUAGAGCUGGGAUCAUAACCAAAGCACGUGUACCUCCAAGGUUCAUUCUGCCCCCACCCCCAAGUUCCCCGGGUCAAUGGAAAAUGCUCCCAAAUUGUGCCCUGUGGCCCUCCACCAUGCCUUGCCCACAUCUUCCCAGUCAGCUUUAUAGUAAAAUAACCACAGGCCCAUUGGUUCCCUGGAGAACGGAGCGAGUCUUGCACCAGCUGCGCCCAGUUAGCUAUUUGGUGAGUCCUGCCUGUUCCUUUGGGUGGUUUCACAAUCCAGCUGUCAGUGGCAGAAAAGAAUGCCACAUAAAUUAUUCAUCUGAUUCUUGCUGGGAUCCAUUAGCUUUGGAGUUUGGUGUAGCUGCAGAUAAUCCCAUAAGUGCCCCUUGUUCUUGGCCCCCGAGGAUCUCCUGUCAUUGUUUUAACAGAACAAGUUCAAAUAAUGUUCCUCCUGACUGGUCUUUUGUCUCUAGACUGUACCUUUAUUUCAGGUCUUUGAAACCCUGCAGAAACAGGUGAGUCUUCAGAAACGCUCUUUGGGAGGCCAAAUACACAGAACAGUUGUGUUUCUCUCUCUUGAUAUUAAAAGAUCAAGGUUCCCAGUGGAAGCCAACCUGAUCUGGUAAAGGGCCCUUUUUUCCCCUCUUAAUACUUUUUCAACGGAGGAAGGAAAAGCAGCUCCACCCUCCAAGUUCCUGUGACAAGGGUUAAGUAAGUUCCUGGGAGGCCAAGUUCCAAGACUGGUGGCAGCCGUUUUGUCCAGCGUCAGAGAUUUUGCUGCUGGAGACGUGAGGCAGGCUCUGCUCCAUCUUGAAAGUCACCUUAGAAAAGAUGGGCCAGCGUCACCAAAUUUGUCGAUCAUUCCCUGUGUAAAAGAGAAAAGCGCUCUCUACAUUGCUUCUAACCGGAUAUGCUAUUUUCUUCUUCUUCUUCUUCUUUUUUUUUUUUCUCUUUCUAAUGUAGCGGUGAUGGAAAACACCAAACUCUGAAGAGCAAAUUUCCAAGGACACAAAUCCAUUGUGUUUGAUUUUGGACUGUAUUUUCUUUAACCCCCUUUUACAGCAUAGAAUCCUGGUGCCUUGCUCCCUGAAUUUGUCUCCAUGCUACACGUAGGCUUUCUUCACAUUCUGGCUUACAUGGGAACACAAUUAUUCCACAAGUGGCCUUUAGUGCUCUUUAUAAUAUCAUUUCCUGUAAUUUUUAAACGGUAUGUGUAAUUUAUAUUCUGCCUCUGUCCAAUAUUUGAACUUUAAUAGGUUGAUUUCCAUAUACCUUAUGCAAAUAAUUCUUACCUGAUUUUUUAUGUUCUAUCUUUAAAAAAAUAAAUGUACAACUUAUUAAUAAAUAGACAUUUCAAUGAU